AUGUUGUUCUCUUCGGCGCCCUUGACGAUCAUCUACGGUCUGAUUUCCUUUGUUGUGACAAAGACAAUCUACAAUUUAUACCUUCACCCUCUUCGCUCCUAUCCGGGCCCUUGGCUGGCUCGUGCUACCCGCUGGUAUUACUCCUAUUAUGUGAAAGUCGGUCUUCUGCCGCAAAAGACAAAACAACUGCAUGAUCAAUACGGGUCUUGUGUUCGGAUUGCCCCAGACGAACUAUCGUAUAAUACGGCAGAGGCAUGGGAAGAUAUCUGCGGCCACCGAACUGGCCAACGAACUGAGAGCUUUGAAAAGGAUCUGACCUUUUUCCCACCUGCACCGAAUGGAGUCGACUCAAUUAUCGUCGCCAAAGAUGAUGUCCACAGACGAUUCCGACGUCUCCUGUCUCACCCCAUGUCCGAUAAGGCGCUGGGAAGCCAACAGGACAUCAUCACCGGGUAUGUCGACCAACUGAUUCACGAACUCCGUGAACGCAGUGAAAAGUCUGAGGUGGUCGAUAUGGUCCGCUGGUUCAAUUUCACUUCCUUCGACAUACUCGGUGACUUAGCGUUCGGCGAGUCAUUCGGCUGUCUCGGAAGUGGUGUCAUGCACCCGUGGAUUGAGCUCAUUUUCACGUCCAUCAAAUCCGUCAUGGAUAUGCAGAUUAUCCGCCGCGUCCCCGGUCUAUUCUCACUGAUCCUCGCUAUUGCCGGAUUACAACAGAAGCAAGAUCUGCAGGAGCAGUUCAUGUUUUGCCAGAAGAAGGCCCGCGAGCGAUAUACGAAGGAGACCACCCGGCCGGACUUUAUGACAUAUAUUCUCCGUGCGACGGAGGAGAAGGGUAUGACGCCGGAGGAAAUAGAAGCCAAUGCGCAGAUCCUCAUCAUGGCUGGCAGUGAAACGACGGCAUCAGCUCUUUCCGGAACCCUGUUCUAUCUACUGAAAAAUCCAAUGGUCAUGCGGAAGCUUCGCGAGGAAAUCCACACCACCUUCAAAACCGAGCCAGAGAUCACCAUGCGAUCCACCCAAUCCAUGGAAUAUCUACAUGCUGUCCUACAGGAGGCAAUGCGCGUCUAUCCCCCGGUCCCCUGUACGUUCCCUCGGACUACCCCUCCUGGUGGGGCAAUGGUUUGUGGUAAUUUCGUUCCAGGAGGUUAUAUCGUGGGGGUUAACCAGCUGGCCGCCAUGACUUCGGAGAAGAACUUCAAGGACCCGUUGAAAUUUGUCCCGGAGCGGUGGUGCGGCGAUGAGCGAUAUCAAGAAGACUCUCGCAAGGCCUACCAGCCCUUCUCGUACGGACCUCGGAACUGUCUGGGGAAGAACCUGGCAUAUGCUGAAAUGCGUCUCGUCCUCACACGAUUGCUAUGGAACUUUCAGUUCAAUCUGUUGGAGGAAUCGAAGGAGUGGCAUGCUAAGCAAAAGGUCUGGAUGAUGUGGGACAAGGGAGAUUUAAAGGUUCGAUUGACGCCAUUGAAGCAUUGA